AUGGCUGACACGAUCACCGAGAACGCGGCUAGCAUCGGUUACAAAUACGCGGAACAUUACUACGCGGUAUUGCGUACGCUACCGGGAUGCAUAGAUCAGUUUUACGACGAUUUCGGCGAGUAUCAGACGGUAUUCGAAAACGGAACCGUCGUCUGGGCCAGAACACGGGUGGAAGCAACAAUAGCUUUAAUGCGACCAAUAUCCGACUCAAGGUUAAUCGUUAACUCGAUUAUUACGGUACCGUGUGGAGGAUCGCUUGACCGCUUGAUGGUCACCGUGAACGGAGAGUCGUUCACGCAAGUUUUCAUCGUGGAGUACCGUCCAGAACGGCCGCUCACAUAUAUCAUUGUGUCGUCUGUGACUCGACACUUCUCCGCCGGACCAGUCAACGACCGGCAGAAUCUAGAGACGAGGUUCAUAGCAGGUGACUGUGCUGCUAACACAGGAUUGCCAAUGGCGGGAGUAAAAACGAAGGGACAAGUAUACUAUGCGCUUAAUUUAGUAACGUACUACGAAACUCUUUCCGAUAACGACCCCGAGAACAAACGAUCCGAUAUCGCCGCAAAAAUCUUACAACACAUAUUGCCCGGUAUACCUCCUCUAGAUAACCAAAUCUCCCAAAAACCCUUCCCUAUAAAUAACGCUACCAACAACCUGUCACACAGAAUUUUAAACCAUAUACUUCUCCACAUACCUCCUCCUGAAAUCAAACCAUAUUCUCUGAAUAUCGCUACCGGCAUGGUACAACCCACUUUGGCCGAAAAUAACUUACAAAUUGGAAUCGUAAAACCUGUACCCAAUACCAUCGAAGUUUCAACAUUUCACGAAAACCUUUCUGAUUAUAAACCCGAGAACUCACAAUCCUACAUGGCCGUCAAAAUCUUAAAACACAUAAUGCUUCAUGUACCUCCUCCGGAUAUCCGAACCUCAAAAGAACCCUUCUAUACGAAUAACGCUACCGGUAGUUUACAACAUAAUUUGGCCGAAAAUAACCUACAACUCGAAAUCGUAAAACCUCAACCUAAUCCCACCGAAGUUUUAACAUUUCACGAAUCCCUUCACGAUAUCGUCCCCGAGAACACACAAUCCCACAUGGCCAUCAAAAUCUUACAACACAUAUUGCUCCAUGUACCUCCUCCGGAUAUCCGAACCUCAAAAGAACGCUUCAAUACGAAUAACGCUACCGGUAAGUUACAACCCACUUUGGCCGAAAAUAACCUACAUCUUGAAAUCGUAAAACCUGUACCAUAUCCUACUGAUGUUUCAACAUUUCUCGAAUCCCUUCCCGAUACCGACCCCGAGAACAAACAAUUCCAUAUGGCCGUCAAAAUCUUAAAACACAUAAUGUUCCAUGUACUUCCUCCAAAUAUCUGA